AUGAAGCAGAGAUUUUCGUCGGUCGAUGUCAAAGUCAUUAGCCAGGAGCUCAGGGCUGCAGUAAUCGGUCUCCGAGUCUCAAAUAUAUAUGACCUCUCAUCGCGCAUUUUCCUCUUCAAACUAGCCAAACCAGACAACCGCAAACAACUCAUCAUCGACUCCGGAUUCCGAUGUCAUUUAACCGAAUACUCGCGAACUACAGCCACUGCGCCGUCUGGUUUCGUGAGCCGAUUACGCAAAUACCUGAAGACGCGGCGCAUAACCGCGGUGAAUCAGCUGGGCGCCGACAGGAUUAUCGAUAUCGUUUUCAGUGAUGGGCUGUUUCAUGUUUUUCUGGAAUUCUUUGCCGGAGGCAAUAUCAUCCUUACUGAUGGGGACUACAAGAUUCUAGCCCUCUUCCGUACCGUCACGGCCUCCGCUGGCGAACAAUAUGAAGUCAAGAUAGGCAUGGAGUAUGCAGUUGAGAAGGCGCAAUAUUAUAGAGGUGUCCCGCCAGUAUCAGAAGAGAGACUGAGUGAGACAAUUCAAAAAGUUGUCGAGGCAGAGAAAACAUCAGCCGACAAUAAUGCGCAGAAAAAGUCCAAGAAAAAGGUGGAUGUGUUUAGAAAGACGCUUGCAAAUGGAUUUCCUGAGUUCCCACCGCUUCUUUUGGAAGAUGCCUUUGCUGCUACGGGAUUCGACUCGAGUGUCACCUUAAAUAAAGUCCUCGAAGAUCAAGAUCUUUUCCGAAAGGCUAUGGACGUCCUGCGUGAAGCGGAAUCGGUAAUUGCGAAACUAUCCAAAGAAGAUACGACAAAGGGCUAUAUUGUUGCGAAAGAGCAGGCCAAUAAGGCUUCAGACCUAGGUCAGUCUGCGGAAAGCUUGCUCUUCGAUGAUUUCCAUCCUUUCAAGCCACGCCAAUUCCAAGAAAAACCCGGGUACCGAAUUAUUGAAUACGAAAACUUCAACAAGACAGUUGAUGAGUACUUUUCCUCCAUUGAGUCGCAGAAGUUAGAGUCUCGCUUGGCUGAACAUGAAGAGAAUGCGAAGAGGAAACUUGAAGCAGCCCGAGCUGACCACCAGAACCGAGCGGGUGCGCUAAAGCAAGUGCAAGAGUUACACAUUCGCAAAGCACAGGCUAUCCAGGCCAAUAUCUACCGUGUGCAAGAAGCUACAGAUGCUGUCAAUGGGCUUAUAGCACAGGGAAUGGAUUGGGUGGAAAUCGCUAGGCUGAUAGAGAUGGAGCAAACGAGGAACAAUCCUGUUGCUCAGAUCAUAAAAUUGCCCCUGAAGCUUCAUGAGAACACCAUCACCGUACUGCUGAAUGAAGAAAGUACAGAGAUGGAUGAGGAAGAGGCCGAGGUUUCAGAAUCCGAGCCGGAAGAAUCGGACGACAGUGACUCCGAACUUGAUAAUGGACCGCAACGAAAGGGUACGGAAAUUCUCGCUGUUGAUAUUGACUUGAGCUUGUCACCAUGGUCGAACGCAACGCAAUACUAUGAUCAGAAGAGAGUUGCAGCAGUAAAGGAACAGAAAACAAUCCAGUCUUCCGAGAAAGCAUUGAAAAGCCAAGAAAAGAAAGUCACAGAAGACCUGAAACGCCACCUCAAACAGGAGAAGCAGGUCCUUCGACCAUCCAGAAAGCCAUUCUGGUUUGAGAAGUACCUUUUCUUCAUAUCCUCAGACGGCUACCUUGUCCUCGGUGGUCGUGAUUCACAUCAAGUGGAGAUACUGUAUCGACGCUAUCUGAAAAAGGGCGAUGCCUUUGUGCAUGCUGACCUCGACGGAGCCACUCCAUUGAUUGUGAAGAACAGAGAAAACACCCCGGAUGCCCCUAUUCCGCCUGGUACGCUGACACAGGCGGGCAGUAUUUCCGUCGCUACAUCGAAAGCGUGGGAGUCAAAGGCAUUAAUGCCAGCAUGGUGGGUCUAUGCGCAUCAGAUAUCCAAGACGAACGAAAGAGGAGAGCUCUUAGCUUCUGGAGGCUUUGCGGUCAAGGGCGACAAGAACUUUUUAGCCCCCGGCCAGCCUGUGCUGGGAUUUGCUGUUCUGUUUCAAAUCGGCAAGGAGAGUAUUCAGCAUCACCGAAAACACCGCCUAGAAGAAGUACCUGAGGAUGUUGCUGUAGGCGAAACUACGCAGGAAAUUUCUUCAGAUGUCCAGGAAGUAAGCUUCAGCAGUGCGAUCGAGGAGGAAGCGGCCGACAAGAAAAUCGACGUUGAGGAAGAAGGAUCAUCUUCAGAAAGCGAAAAGGACGCAGAAGAAGAGCCAACAACGAAGUCAAACCCGCUUCAAUCCGCAGCCGAAUCACAUUCAGAAGACGAGGAUACAGAUAUAAAUGGCGAAGACCCUGAAACCACAACGGCCAUCAAUGACGAAGAACCACCUACAAAUAUCAACAACAUCCCCCAGCCAGCCCGCAAGGCACCAACACCAAAGCUCACAACAAAGCAGACAACAGUCCGCGGCAAAAAAGGCAAAGCCAAGAAAGCAGCCCAAAAAUACGCACACCAAGACGAAGAAGACCGCGAGCUCGCACUCCGUCUUCUCGGCGCCAACACCAAAGCCAACAAGUCAUCCCAGUCCGCAGCGGCAGCAGAAGCCAAAGCGAAACGCGAAGCAGAGCUCGAAGCCCAAAAACGACGUCGUCGAGCCCAACACGAACGCGCCGCCGAAGCAGAGCGCAAACGACAAGAGCAAUUCUUCAAGAAUGCCGCCGCUGCUGGCGAUGCCAACGACGUUGACGAAGCCUACGACGAAGAAACCAUAAAAGCCGAAGCAGAAGAUCUAUCAUGGCUCCCAGCCCUUAUCGGCACGCCUCUUCCAGAAGAUGAAGUUCUCGCGGCAAUCCCCGUGGCCGCGCCCUGGUCAGCCGUUGCUCGGUUCAAGUAUCGCGCCAAACUGCAAGCUGGGAAUGUCAAGAAGGGGAAAGCUAUCAAGGAUAUUCUAGGUCAUUGGAUUAUUGAAGCCGGCGGUGGGCCACCUGGUACUGACAGCAGCAGCAACAACAGCAAAAUCAGCAAGAAAGCCAUUGCGGAUGAUAUUGCGGAAGGUUUGGAUCGUGCUACGGCGGAGCGGAUGCGUGCUCGUGAGGCGGACUUGCUCAAGGGUUGGCGCGAUGUUGAGGUUAUGAAUACUUUGCCUGUCGGUAAAGUUCGUAUUGUCUCUGGUGGAGCUAGUGUUGCUGGUGGUGGGAAAGGAGGAGGAGGAGGAAAAGGAGGUAAAGGUGAUAAAGGCAAAGGAGGAGCUCCAAAAGGAGGAAAAGGGGGGAAGAAGAAAUAA